CGAGGAUGGAGGUAACAGAAUGGAAUCAACAUCGGAGCGGGAUCAGACUCAUCACUAGGUAGGUGUAAGUAUGCAAAUUCAUUGCAACAGUCUGUAACAUCUGCGUUUUCCAAAUUUGGAAAACUAGUAAAAGUCACGUCUCCAAAUCAUUAAGGAAAAGAGAGACAUGUCACAUUUUUUUCGUUUUGGAAAACGGUUUGGUAAACGCGUUUUUCUGUUUUCCUUUCUCUAGUAUUCCAACAAUUUUCUUUGGUAAACACGUUUCGUGUUUUCUGUUUUCUAGUUUUCCAGUUUUCUGGAAAACCGGAAAAUAUCUCUGUUAGUAAACAUGCCCUAAGGUUUUUCCAUCCCCAAAUAAGUCUUAAGAGUUUGACUAUUUCCCACAAAAUUCUUCAACUCUGGCUUUUACUUUUCUGUGAUUUAUAAAGUAUCAUACUUUGUUCACAUAAGCCAAUCAAAAUAUUGUAAUUGAAUUAUUUAAAUGAAAAGUUAAAAAUGAUAUAAUGUUUUUAAUCAACCGAAUGAAUAAUAGGCACGGUACUUCAAUUUUCAAUUGGGUACCGUAGUUCUCACCUUAUCGUUUUCAAGUUUAUAAAAUAAUCCUUUAAUGCUUUUAGGAGAUCUCACUUUGGAGUUUAACAUUCAGCUUAGUACGUUACUAUUUACUAAAACUUAGUAAUAACUAAUAAAUACACUACAAAAAAAACAUGGGAUUGAUAGGGAUUUUUGCAAAGAUUUUGGCAGAGAUAUGCCAAAUUCGUGCCAAAAACACUUUGACACGAACUAUUUGGCACGAAAAAUCGGUAAGUCUAUGCCAAAUUCUGUAUCAAUCCCGUAAUUUUUUUGUAGUGAUAUAGUACAAGUAACGAGCAUGUAAAAAUAUGAAUAUUGAGCUGAGAGUGCUUAAAAUGUUAUUAAGGUUAAACAAAAUCAAAGAAUGUUAUUAAGGUUAAACAAAAUCAAAUAAUGUUAUUUCAAAAAAUGUAACAAUGAGGUCACAAUUACGCAACAAGACUAAAAUUAAUAUUCAAGAAUUUGAAGUGCUUCAUUUACAAUAGAAAAAUAAUAACAUUUCAAUUUAAAAUUAAAGAGUGAAUAUUUUCACAUAAUACUAAAUCUUUAUUUUUAAAUUUUGAAUUUUUAAUUUAUUUCAUGUGUUGUUUGAAAUUUAUUUUAUCUAUUUAAAGUCAAUAAGAGUAAAUUUUCCCCUUUAUAAGAACAUGAGGGGUGAUUUUGCACUUUUUAAAUGUUCAAGGGUAUAUAUGCACUUGCAUAUAUAUACUUCAAGGAUAUAUUUGUUCCGAAAUAUAAAACAAUUUUACAUUUGUUCUCACGCCCAUACUAGAGAGUAUAUUUAAUUUGUACCUUUUCCCAUUAUUAUAUACCCUGUAUAGACUAAAAACUAAAUGGGAAUUCUUUCAAAUAGAACUAAAAUUAUGGCAAAAACCAAAAUAGGACUUGUUAUAUUUUUAUUUCAAAAUAGGACCAUAUUGAUCCUAUCGGAAACAUACCUAUUUUUUCAUUACAUUCUUACCCCUCCUUUAAUAUGAUUAAAAGGUUGUCAAAAGUCAUAAUUAAAUGCUUAAUUCAUAAUAAAUAUGAAAAAAUUUAAAAAAUCGUAGAAAAAUAAUAAAAAAUUAAUAAGAUAUUUAUAAAAUACUUAUAAAAUAAAAAAUUAAAUUUUUAUUUUAAAAAAUUGUUUUUUUAAUUAAUAAAAAAUUGUAAAACUCCAUAAAAAAUAAAAAAAUAAAAAUGGAUGUCUUUCCCACCGCCUAUACUGCCUCCCUGCACCACCUACUAUCGGUGUAAAAAAUGUCAUCUUUUCUAAAAACUGUCAUUUUGACAAUUAAUCCUAUCAAAACAUAGUUUACUUUUUGGUCUUAUUUAUGCAAAGUGAGAACCUUUUAAUCGACAAUUCAAUUAACCCAAAACUAAAUAGUCUCAACUUAAGAAAUUACAAACUAAAUAUUUUAAUGUAUUCUGGCAAAACAUAUAAGCUGGCUUUCGAACAAGAAAUCCAACUAACGUGCUGAUAUAUGAUUGUCGAUCUGUGUGUUAGUGUGUUACGGUAGUCGGUAGAAUUGUGUUCUCUCUCUAGCCUAUAUGUAGAAAUACUUGAUUUGAACCUAUGUGGAACAGCUGCAGUUAUUUGUGUUUGUAUAUGUCGGAAAUAUGAUGAAAUAAAUAAUGGUAUAAUAUGUAAAUUGGGUAUGACUUGUUAUACAUUAAAGAACAACUUAUGCAUGUUUGGAUUUAUUUCAUUUAAUGACUAGAAUCCAUAGUUGUGCAAGUUGUAAGUGUAAUGUAUUAGUUUGAUGAAUUUAUUGUCCAAUAUUAAAAAAAAAAUGGCAUUUUUAUAUGAAAAGGAAUAAUGUUUAAGUAUCAUAUAAUGAUAAAAGCCAUUUAUUUUUUGGGACAAAAAUUCUGAAAUGUUUAAUUGCACACAAGUAAUGUUGCCGAUUAAGUAUAGAUAUGGACGUGUGCUUUGAAUUUAAAAAUUUAAAGUGCUUGGCUUGAUCAUACUUAGUUAAGUUGAUCCGGUCAUCAUGCAUGGAUCGUGGCGGCAGAAUUAUAGGAGCGGUUAAACAUUUACUUGACCAAUUGUUCGGUAUAUUAUACUUAUCUGAUUUCCGAAGUUAAAAGAACAGUCCGCUGCAUGCAAACUAAUUCUCACGUACAUAAGCCUUUUGUUCUAGCUCUUUGAGAGAAUCCACUUACAAAACCAUAUUAAAAACAUACGUGCGUGCUUUGUGGAUACUUCUGAUAUCUCCACUUGAGAGUUAUUCCACUUCAUUUUAGUAUUCUUGAAAAGCCAUAGUGAUAUCAAUAUAUACGGAGUAUAUUUGUACGUACUACAUUCCUCUCCUAUUGUGGGCUCUUCUCUAGUCAACGGCAAAUCGGGCAACAGACGAAGGUUUCAGUCAAGGUAGCUACAAGUCUGAAAUGGAGUAGGAUUAUCCUGGAAGCGAGUUGGCCAGUCCCGUUCGAGUAGCUAUCGAGAUACGGGGGCUAUCUUUCUUCAAGGCCAGUCCGGUUAACGGGCGAUCUUACGCUAAGUUUUCCAUUCUCUACCCUUUACAUUAAUAUUUUUUUUCUAAUUAUUAUUUCUUUAUUUGUUCUUGCAUUUGGUGGUUUGUCUGGUGAUUUGUGAUUAAACUCGGGAUUUUAUCUGACUAAACUCGCAUUAAUUAAUACUAUUUUUUUCAUCAAUCUUGAAGAAAGAUAUUAUUUUUCGAGUUUUGAAAAUCCAAUAUGACGAACUUGGAAAAUGCUGCUACUUCCGAAAAUGUUGUUGUUGAGAAUAAUGUGAAUGAAAUCCCUGAAAAUAAUGUUAAUUCUGUGUCUGUGACUAAUUCUGAAGACACACCUGAAUUUGUUGCCACGGGCUCUCACAGGGUUGAUUUGACCGGAAUGCCUGAAAAAUUUUCUGGACAUUUUUUCAAGCGUUGGCAACAACGCAUGAAAAUUUGGUUAAUCACCAAGGGAUUGCUCUCAGUAAUUAUGACGGUGUGUCCCCCCGUUGUCGAGUCUGAUCCCAAGAGUCUUGAACACCAAUCUUUAUGGCGUGAGAGGAAUGAAAUAGCCAAAGGAAUGAUAUUGUUGGGACUCUCCGACAUGUUAUUUGAUGUCUAUUGCACCCUCCACGGCACGGCUAAUGACCUUUGGGAUGAGCUGGAUAGGAAAUAUAAUACUGAUGACCACGGUCUCGAAAAGUAUAUUGUUUCCAAAUUCUUGAGAUUCGACAUGAAGGAGUGAAAAUCUGUUUUAGAACAAAGACAAGAAUUUGAGCUUAUCUUACAUUCUCUCCGUGAAGCAGAUAUGGAAUUGCCUGAAAAAUUUAAAGUCAUAGUUGUAAUUGAAAAAUUCCCCAAAUCGUGGGAAGAUUUUGGUUUGACUUUAAAACACAAAAUGAAAAAGAUAACUUUGAAAUCUUUGAUGCAUUCCAUUACUGUUGAGGAAGAACAUAAGAAAGCGGGUUACAUUGUUCCUGUUGAAUUUCAGCCAAAGGCUCAUGUUGUAACCGUGGGAAAAUAGUCACAAAAUUCUAAGAAUAAACAACCAUCAUCUUUUAAACCAAUAAAGGCCAAAUUAAAAAUUGCAAAGAAACCAAAGGCAAACCAUCCAUGCUGGAACUGUGGACAGAUGGGGCAUUGGGCCAAAUUAUGCCCAAAUAAAAAGGCUAAGGCUCAAUCUGGUGGACCUCAAGUCAACAUGGUGACUGGAGGAACUAGCUCUGAUGGCGGUUGGAAGAACAAUGAUGAUGGGAAACACAAGUGCUGCUAGUGUGCAUGGAGUUGGAAAAGUGGAAAUAAAAUUUCCUUCGGGAAAAAUUCUCUUUGCAUGGGGUGCAUCAUGUUCCCGAAAUUAGAAGGAACAUUGUUAGUGGUUCCAUUCUUGUAAGGGAGGGUUAUGAAUUGUCUUUUAAAUUAAAUAAAGUUGUAAUUUUAUUUGGUGGAACAUUUAUUGGCAAGGGUUACUUGUCAGAUGGACUUUUUAAGAUUGUGGUUGAUUAUUAUGAAUUAAAUUAUGUAUCUGAGAAUUUUGAUUCUUCAA